AUGGAUAGGCAUACACGUAGCCAGCUGGGGCAGCUGCACACAAUCGACCCAACCACUUUAGGGAUUGGUGCACUCAAUUGGGCCAUUGCUGGCGAGGCACUACAUGACGCCCUGGUCGACAAUCGGAACCGAAACCUGGCCCCGUCGGGGCCUGCAGGUCGCAGUCUCCUGAUGCGGGGUUGUUUGACCGACGACUGUGCGCCUUCAGCCGCCCGAGGCUCCCGACGUGUCCUAGACGACAACGACGACAACGACAACGACAACGACAACGACAACGACAACGACAACGACAUGACCUGCCCGAUUGGACGGCGCGAACCACCGAAGCCAGUAUUGGUAUUAUUCACUCAGAGCCAUCGCAUACGAGACGACUCCUGAUCGCGAAUUGGGAGCAACACAGAGAGGCUACAGAGCCGGGCAGGCACCCUCGACCCGAAAGCCGGCACGGUGGCUUGCAUCGCCUCUGUUGAUACUGAAGCCUAAAUGGCUCUUUAUAUGCUAGACGAGCGACAUACCGGCGGUUCGCAUGGGCCGAGGUGACGACUAUGUGUUCCACGCAGGCAGCAUGUGCGGGCACAACAUCGUCGUAGUGACGCUAUCGGCAGGCCAGGACUAUGGGACAGGAUCGGCGGCUGCGCUUCCCUAAUCGCUGGUUUGGGCUGCCUGACCUGUCGCGAAGGCCGGCGCGCGACAUCAGGCUGGGGGACGUGCUGGUCGGUCUUCCGGAGCGACAGUCCAUUUCCGGCCUGACGAGAAGCAGACACGACUCGUUCCCGACCGAUUGUACAGAAAUGGUGGGCGACCCCCCGAGGUUUCGCGU